AUGAUCAGCCUCAACGAGUUCCAUUCCGGCUUCGAGAACGUCAAGCACAACACACCGAGUGAUCUCGUGCUGUUAUAUAUCCUACCAAAUGGAGCUUGGUUAGUUGGCCCAUCAUAUCUGAUUUAUGUGUUCGGCAGAGAUAUCCUCCUUGGCCUUGCCAUUGCUAGUGGCGAUACGAAGAGUGCGCCCGCCAAAGCUGCUUCGACGUUGAGAUCGAAAGCUGAAUAA